AUGCUAGAGAUAACUAAGCGUGAAUGUGUGCUGAAGCUUUGCUGCUACCUACUGCUGGCCUCCGUGAUAGUGAAAGCUAAGCCAGAGGCACCGGUAAACUCGUACCUUCCACCUGCGCACGGCCACGGACACAAUGGGGACGGCCACGAUGGCCACGGGCAUCAUGACGACCACCAUACGGACCUAGUGCCGCCAUCUAGCAGCUACGGAACUCCUGAUUCGAGCUAUGGUCCGCCGCAUCAUCAAUCAGGCUUCCAUCCGGACCACCACGAGCACGACGACCAUCAUGAUCAUCACGACACCCACGACGACAGUGGAUCCUUUGAAGAUGAACCGGCCAAGUACGAGUUCAGCUACGAGGUGGACGAUGAAGACGCCGACCUGUCGUUCGGCCACGAAGAGAUGCGCGACGGUGACUACACGACCGGGAAGUAUAAUGUUUUGCUGCCAGACGGCCGACGACAGAUCGUCGAGUACGAAGCUGACCAUAAGGGAUAUCGACCGAAAAUCACCUACGAGGGAGGCGAUGAGCAUCCGCAUCGUCACGAGCAUCCGCACGACCACGAGCACGGACAUGACCACGGCCAUGGUGGGUACUCCAAGGAGACGCCCCACACGCAGCUCGGCUAUCCCAGGGAGUCGCACCAUGACUUCGAGCAUAACGGUGUUGCCCACGGGUCGGGCGAAUACGAUGCGCAUGGACAUGACAGCGGCCACAGCCGGGCGGACCACGGAAUCCACGAUGCACACCGGGGAUACGAUAGCAAUGCGCACGAACACCACGCCAACGGCAAUGGACACGGGCACGGUCACAACGGGCACAACGGGCAUAACGGGCAUAACGGCCACAACGGACAUCACCACAAUGGACACAACGGGCACCAUCGGAGACGUAGCAACAACAAUAACAACCACCAUCCUGUCGGCCAUCAAAAUGGUGACCAUCACCAUCAUGCUAACGGCUAUCACUACUAG